UUGAAAUCAAUGAAAAGAAUGAUCCUGAUACUUUGUCCUCUAUAUCAAAAGGAAAUGAACUUGAAUUUAUUUCUUUUGGAAUUUUUAAAACUAUGAAGUUUGAUUGUGCAAGAGUAAGAUUGUCAGGUCCUUAUGGUGAUGGGGGAAUAGAUAUCUUUGGAAACUUUAAAAGAUAUUUGAUUUUAGUUCAAUGUAAGAAUUAUACAGAUGCAAAAGUUAGUGUUGACAAUAUUAGAAAAUUCGAAGGAGUGAUAUCAAGGUAUCCCAAUCGUACAAUAGGAAUUUAUAUAACAUUUGAUACAGAUAGGUAUAGCAGAAAUGCAACUAUUAGAGCAGAAAUAUCAAAAUUUAAUAUCUUAUUAACAAAUGUUUCUAGCAUGAAACCAGACAUUAUUAAUUAUGUCUUUAAAAAAUUAAAUAAUGCUUUUGAUGAUACUGAAGAAUGUAUAAUUGAUGAAAUAAUUUGUAAAAUCAAAAAAAAUUUGAUAUGUUAA